AUGGUGGUGUUCCUGGUGGUGAGGAGGCUGCUGUCCCAGAGCCUGGAGUUCAACUCUCCUGCCGACAACUACACAGUGUGUGAAGGUGACAAUGCCACCCUCAGCUGCUUCAUCGAUGAGCAUGUGACCCGUGUGGCCUGGCUGAACCGCUCCAACAUCCUGUACGCGGGCAACGACCGCUGGACCAGCGACCCGCGGGUGCGGCUGCUCAUCAACACCCCGGAGGAGUUCUCCAUUCUCAUCACUGAGGUGGGGCUUGGCGACGAGGGUCUCUACACCUGUUCCUUCCAGACCCGCCACCAACCGUACACCACUCAGGUCUACCUCAUCGUCCAUGUCCCUGCCCGCAUCGUGAACAUCUCCUCGCCUGUGACAGUGAACGAGGGAGGCAAUGUGAACCUGCUUUGCCUGGCUGUGGGGCGACCUGAGCCCACAGUCACCUGGAGGCAGCUCCGAGACGGCUUCACCUCCGAGGGCGAGAUCCUUGAGAUUUCCGACAUCCAGAGGGGCCAGGCCGGGGAAUAUGAGUGUGUUACUCACAACGGAGUUAAUUCAGCGCCCGACAGCCGCCGUGUGCUGGUCACAGUCAACUAUCCUCCGACCAUCACCGACGUGACCAGCGCCCGCACUGGCCUCGGCCGAGCCGCCCUCCUGCGCUGCGAAGCCAUGGCAGUGCCUCCGGCAGAUUUCCAGUGGUACAAGGAUGACAGACUGCUGAGCGGCGGCGCGGCCGAGGGCUUGAAGGUGCAGACGGAGCGCACCCGCUCAAUGCUUCUGUUCGCCAAUGUGAGCGCCCGGCAUUAUGGCAACUACACGUGUCGCGCCGCCAACCGGCUCGGAGCGUCCAGCGCCUCCAUGCGGCUCUUGCGCCCAGGAUCCCUGGAGAACUCAGCCCCAAGGCCCCCGGGGCCCCUGAUCCUCCUCUCUGCCCUGGGCUGGCUGUGGUGGAGAAUGUAG